UCCUACGCCUCCUAUCAGCAAUCGCACAGCUUAUACAUCCCAGCUAUGUAGGACCGCUCUAUCUGUACGCGGAUACGUGGGCCUCUGCGUUCUGGAAUCUUUGGGGCCUUUUGAUGGCAGGCUGCUUGACUGUGAGAGAGGGGACGGAGACGAUAGAUCUUGGACAAAAGUACAGGUCAGGUUUGUUCUUGUCCUCAACCUUGAUCUCGAGCCUUGCGAUUCUUUGAGACAUGUGCUGUAUGCAAAGGGCGAAGGAUCUUGGCCAGUAGUGUACUGUAGACACACCGAGUCGACCGGACGUGCCAGGUUUGGAAGCGCCCUUUCAUGGUUAAUGUGUGCGGGGGCCGGGGAAGCGCGCGUACAGGACACCAGGUACAAGGAUAUGCUUCUUGCGAUCGGCAUAACGCCACUGAUAUCAGAUAGUGAACCUUUCAAGCUUCUCAGGCGACAGUGGCUCUCAUAUUUUCAGUGAUAAUCAGAGACGUGUUCCUCGGCCCCCCCCCGGCUAGCACGGCCUGCGCCCACCGGGCAUCUCGACAGCUGCACUCUGUUCGUUUCCCGUCUUUAGCGGACACCCUCAAUUGCGAGACAGAGUCCAUAGCCAGAGAGCCCCGGUUUGAAGUGCGACAUGUUCAAGGAUGAUCAUCCGUCCCGCUUCCGGCCCGCCUUCUUUCAGAUCUUCCUUUUCCGUUCUCUUCGGCCUUCUCAAUCUCUUCGCGAGAUUCCAAGUGAGAGCAGGAGGCACAAAUGGAGAGGUUGGCUAGGGUUCUGACACACCUGUGCUUCCCGCUGACAGGAUCGACAGGUCCUACUCGGGGGAGGGAUGCGAAGAUUACGGAGGAGCGACUUUACCUCCAGCCUCCAGUGCUCUGAACUUUUCGAAUGAGACAGAGUGCCUUCACUCGAGCGGCUUCCUGCUCUUUCCUGCACUUGGUCAGACAGUCCCCGGAUCCUUCCCUUCCUGCAAUAUCAGCUGGGCGUCGUAUGCCAACAGAUUCAAAAGCUAUAAAGAGGAGGAGAACGCGGUCCCUUCCCUCUCUUCUCAUCAGACCAGUCUCCCGCCGUCUCUUGUCAUUCGCAGUCUUCUUUCCGUACUACCUACCAGUCGGCGUCAGCUCAGCUAUCACCCGCACACUCUUUCAGACACUCUCUUGACCCAACCAACUUCCUGCACCUUUGCCCAGAAUGUUGGCCCUCCACACUCUUCCCCUCUUAUUGGUAGUCUGUCUCUCCUCCAUUUCGUUUGUCGUUGCCGAGUCCCCUUUCCUCGGCUGUAUCAACCAGAUCUUCACUACAGUUAGCUCUCAAUCCUCUCAAAGGUCAGCCGCUGCUUGUAUCACCGAAUGCGCAUCCAACACCUAUGCCUUAUACGUCACUAAAGGUUUCUUCAACUACCCUACCAACAACUGUCUCUGUACUUCUGCCGACAUUGACCCCAUCGACUACGACUACUUCACCACCACCACCUGUACUGCCGGUUCUGAAGCUGCUGUUUACCGUACAUCCUCCUCCUUCACUUUCAAAGGUUGCUCUAGCGGCACCGGCAUCAUUUCUUCCACUUCUGGGACUGUCGCCAGCCCUGACGCUUGCCUCACCAAGUGCGCCGCCUACGCCAAUGCCUUCUACACUCCCAACAUCUUUGGCAGUGGUUACACCUGUGCCUGUGGCUCUGGUACGCUCACCACCAGUAGUGACCGCUGCACCACUUCCAACUACUACACCUUCUCCCACACUGCCGUUGCUACAGCCAGCGGCUUGGCGAAGAAGAAGCGAGGCUUUGAGAAGCAAGAGAGGAUGAGGAGGUCGCAGGUCAUCAGGGAGAGGGGAUGGGACUGCCCGAGGGGUAUGAAGGCUUGUAAUGUCAUGGGCGUUUCCGAUGCUUGGGAGUGCGUGGAUCCCGAGGCUGACCUCGAAAGCUGUGGUGGUUGUGCUCACGGUGACUACGUCAAGGGCGCCAACAGCACUGCUGCUACUGGUGUCAAGUGCGUCCUCUUUCUGCACAUCUCGCAAUCCACUGGCUGACCACCAUCUCAGCUGCUCUUCUCUUCCCGGUCUCCUCCGCGGCUCCGUUACAUGUUCUAGCGGUUCUUGCCAAGCAUUUGCCUGCAAGAGCGGCUGGACGCUCCAUAACGGCGCUUGCUCCAGGUCUCUUACCGUUCAACUGUAGAGCCCUCCCAUCAAUGUCGAAGUUGGUUGAGCUACUUUGGCGAACCAGUGUUCUAGCCCGUAUGAUCCGCUUAGGCUGCUUUUGAAAGUACCCCUGUUUCUUUAGUGAUCACGAAUCUGUACAAUAAUAUAUACCUCUUGGGCCAGUGGUGGCUGGGUUUUCAUAGAAUUAUAGAGAAGAAGUCGAAAAUGCGCUGUACGAUUAUACAUUGUCAGCAUAUAUAAUGGGCUACGUGAUAUAUUAGCAUACUCUUGGGAAGCAUCUAAAAUCUCAGUAUGAACCACUUGCUUCAAACGAUCUGCAUCGCCCGCGUCCGCGUCGUGGGCCAGUUGAGAUUGUCGACUUUGAAGCUUGAGGCUUGAGGCAGAUAGAUGUGCGGCUGCCUGACAUUCCCAGGCGUUGAUCAUGACUCGUUUGUGUUGUGUUGUCUAUACGGCAUGAGGGAGGAGAGGACGAAAGACAUCCAAAUGAUUGUUGUCCUGCCACUGUUUUUGUUGCCACACCAGUCUUCUGCGAGAGCGGCGGAGGCCGCCGUUCUGUUGACGUUGAGCGAAGACUGAGUGAAUGUGGAGGAGACCAUGAG